AUGGGUCACAAAUCCAAUCCGUACAAGAAAGCGCGCUCUGCGUUCCGCUGGAAGGUACUUACGUUCUCAAUAUCGCAUUUAUCUUGACUUUAGUUUGUUGUCAGAUAUUCAUUCCCAUCAAUGUGGGUAAGGAAGUGAAGUACCAGAGAAGAGUAGGUAAAUUUCCAGACUAAUCGAUCGCUGAUGAUUUUUUCCUCGGCUUCUUGAUUCACUUAGUACACUAAAACGUCGCCGUCUCUUGUAUAUCUCUGUGUCUGAGCAAUGUCAGAGCCAGAAGCUCUCUUUCGACCUGAUCUUCCACAUUUCAACCUAAACUCAUAUCUUCACAGUGGAAGAAGAAGCGCACGCGUCGUUUGCAGAAGAAGAGGAGGAAGAUGAGGCAGCGCAGCAAGUAAUCGCGUUGUACGGAGACGGCAGAGCGAUGAUCAUUGCGCAUGUCGAAGAAAUAGCUGCCUGGUUAGGAAACCUUCGUGUAGAUGGGCGACCGGCGACGUUUACCUUGAUAGCGAUACCUUCUGCGAAAAGAUGACGCUUUCGCUUCUCUUUUGCAUGGGUACUACAAAAUGCCGCAGCUGACGGGUCACAAAUAUGGUGCUGAUGUCGCCACCUAUUUGAACCAUGACACGUACUACUUCAAUUCCCAGGCAGAACGCUUCGUGGUGUAUGCUGUGUAUGUGUUGUGCGAUUCGCCGUGCAUCAAACAAUCUUCACGUGACGCCAUCCUUUAAUCAGACGACUCGCUUGUGAGUCCCUCUUGCCAUUCUCAUUGUAUGAGAACACGCGCGUGACUUCUU